AUGGAGGAAAAGCGAGUGAAGAGAAGGAUUGUGUUAGUUCCAGUUCCAGCACAAGGUCAUGUAACUCCAAUGAUGCAACUCGGGAAGGCUCUUCACUUGAAGGGCUUCUCCAUCACUGUUUUUCAGACACAGUACAAUCGAGUUAGCUCUUCCGAGGACUUCUCUGAUUUUCACUUCCUCACCAUCCCAGGUAGUUUAACCGAUUCUGAUCUCAAAAACCUCGGAGCACUCCAGUUUCUCAUCAAGCUCAAUCAAACCUGCGAGGCAAGCUUCAAGCACUGUUUAGGCCAACUGUUGCAGGAAGCUGGUGACAUUGCAUGUGUCGUCUCCGAUGAGUAUAUGUACUUCACAAAAUCUGCAUCAAAGGAGUUUCAACUCCCCAGUGUCAUCUUUAGCACUACAAGUGCUACUGCCUUUGUUUGUCGCUCUGUUUUGGCCAAACUCAACCCUGACAAGUUCUUGAUCGACAUGAAUGAUCCUGAAGUGCAAGACAAGGUGUUUCCAGGGUUGCAUCCUCUGAGGUACAAGGACUUGCCAACUUCAGCAUUUGGGCCAAUAGAGAGUAUUCUCGAGGUCUACACUGAAGUUGUUAACAUCCAAACAGCUUCUGCUGUUAUCAUAAACUCAGCGAGCUGUCUAGAGAGCUCUUCUUUGGCAUGGUUGCAAGAAGAGCUACAAGUUCCAGUUUAUCCUAUAGGCCCACUACACCUUGCAGCCUCUGCGUGUUCUAGUUUACUAGAAGAGGACAGAAGCUGCAUCGAGUGGCUGAACAAGCAGAAACCGAGAUCAGUGAUAUACAUAAGCUUGGGAAGCUUAGCUUUGAUAGAAACCAAAGACAUGUUGGAGAUGGCUUGGGGAUUAAGCAACAGCAACCAACCUUUCUUGUGGGUGAUACGACCUGGUUCUAUUCGGGCCUCGGAAUGGACAGAGUCCUUACCGGAGGAGUUUAGUGAGUUGGUUGCAGAGAGAGGUUACAUUGUGAAAUGGGCUCCGCAGGUGGAAGUUCUUAAACAUCCUGCAGUAGGAGGGUUUUGGAGUCACUGUGGAUGGAACUCGACGCUUGAGAGCAUCGGAGAAGGUGUUCCGAUGAUCUGCAGACCUUUUACCGCCGAUCAGAGAGUCAAUGCGAGGUACUUAGAGACUGUUUGGAGAAUUGGGAUUCAGUUGGAGGGAGAGCUGGGGAAAGAGAGUGUGGAGAGAGCUGUGAAGAGGUUGGUUAUGGAUGAGGAAGGGGCAGAGAUGAGGGAGAGAGCCAUGGAUUUGAAAGAGAAGCUCAAUGCCUCUGUGAGAAGUGGAGGUUCCUCGUGUAAAUCAUUGGCUGAUUUUGUCAGUUCCUUGGAAACGAAGAGUUCCAUGCAGCAAUCAUAUAGUUCCUGA